ACUGAGAAUUACGCCCUCAAUUUCCUGUCCUUUCUCCUAGCCUUUGACGUGUCCUAGCUCAUCGACUCUAGAGCAGCAGACACACAGCCAGAUACUAACAUGCUGCGCAAGACACUCCUGCACCGCUCGCUCCAGCAGAGUGUGCGCCAUUCACGCCGUUCCUACCAUGCCUCUGUCCUGCCGUCCCUCAUCUCCACCUCGUCGCCAGAGUUCGUGGCAAAGUCAGAGGCAAUGAAUACCGUGGUGGCAGAUUUCGAAGCAAAGGUUGCCGCAGCGAGAUUGGGCGGCGGCCAGAAGGCGGCUGAGCGGAUGAGGAGCAAGGGGAAGAAGCUUCCCCGCGAAAGGAUAGCAUUACUGCUUGACCCACAUACUCCUUUCCUUGAAUUGUCACAGCUUGCUGCACACGAUGUCUACUCGGACAAUGUGCCAGGUGCAGGUAUAAUCACGGGCAUUGGGAGAAUAUCCGGUCGCGAAUGUGUGGUUGUCGCGAACGAUGCGACUGUCAAGGGUGGCUCGUACUACCCCCUCACUGUCAAGAAACAUAUCCGUGCACAAGAGGUUGCUCGCGAGCAUGGCCUACCAUGUGUAUAUGUCGUCGAGUCUGGCGGUGCCGCGCUUCCCCACCAGGCCAAUGUGUUCCCGGACAAAGAACACUUUGGUCGCAUCUUCUACAAUAUGGCGCAAAUGUCGGCUCUUGGCAUACCACAAGUCGCCAUUGUACAUGGUAUCUCCGUCGCAGGAGGUGCCUACGUACCAGCAAUGGCAGACGAGAACAUUAUUGUUCGAGAGCAAGGACGAAUUUUCCUGGCGGGACCUCCUCUGGUAAAGGCCGCAACCGGCGAAGAGGUAGACGAGGAAACCCUCGGAGGAGGUAUGAUGCACUCGUCCGAGUCCGGAGUGACAGAUCACCUCGCCCGUGAUGACGAGCACGCUAUUGCUAUUGCUCGCGGGAUUGUCAGCGACCUCGGCUCUGCUGGCGGACGGAUGCUGCCGCCACCACAACCAGCAGAAGACCCUAUAUAUCCCGCGCAUGAACUACAUGGGAUCGUAGGCACUGACCUCCGACAAGCAUUUGACAUGCGCGACGUCAUCGCACGAAUCGUCGAUGGCAGCCGUUUCCGUGAGUUCAAGAAGGAGUACGGUACUUCGAUCGUCACCGGUUUUGCCAACGUCCACGGCUAUCCAGUCGGUAUCGUGGCGAAUAACGGCAUCCUCUUCUCCCAGUCUGCUUUGAAAGCCACCCACUUCAUCGAGCUUUGCUCGCAACGGCAGAUCCCACUGUUGUUCUUGGUGAACGUCACCGGUUACAUGGUCGGCUCCAAGGCUGAGAAGGGUGGUAUUGCGAAGGACGGCGCGAAGAUGGUCAGGGCCGUCGCUUGCGCAGACGUUCCGAAGCUCACAGUCGUCGUUGGUGGAAGCUACGGUGCUGGAAACUACGGCAUGUGCGGUAGAGCUUACUCUCCAAGAUUCCUCUGGAUGUGGCCGAACGCGAAAGUAUCAGUCAUGGGUCCAGGACAACUUUCUCAAGUCAUGUCUCAAGUAUCCAAGGACCCAACUAAACAUUCCACACUCAAGGAGGAAAUCGAGGAGCAGUCAACAGCGCUAUACGCAACGGCUCGUCUGUGGGAUGACGGUAUCAUAAAGCCGGUGGACACCCGCGACACCGUUGGCCUCGCACUCGCGCUAUCGGCACGCGAACGCAGACCGCCGGGCUCAGGCUCGAGUGGUUUGACGACCUGGGACGGCGAUAGGAAGGGCUUCGGAGUCUUCCGCAUGUAAAUUAGACGAACGUCAGACAACAUGCAUGCAUCUAUCUCGUAUGGCAGGAGCGGAACGUCCGAACGCAGAAUUCGUAGAGGGGCGCGAUUAGUCCGCGCGUCGCCGUUUGCGCAGGAGGUCUUCGUCGACGUCCAUCGCAUCUCCGUCUUUCUCCCGUUUGCCCGACGGCGAUUGAGCAAAUCCGGCGGACAAAGCAGGAGCCGUCCAGACGUUAAUCUUAGAGUCUUCGCCUCCCGUUAUGAGGAUAUUAUUCUGCGGGGACGUAAGAA